GCGUUUUAGACGGUUUUUCAGAUCUAAACUCAACGCAAUCUAAUAUUUUCUUGUGAAAAUCAAAAUACUGAAUUAUCAUACCCUAAUACUCAGGUUUAUUUUAGACAUUACUUCCGGGGUUUGUGACAUACUAGCCCUUUUAUAUGCAGAAAUUUGGACUAAUUGUUUGUGUUGAAACCCAGUAUUAUUUGAUUUGAUUUCCACAGUACAGUGGUAUUAGGCUUAAUCAAAACCCCCAAACAAAAAGCCUCCACACCUAACCCUAAUUUAGCUUUGGACUGAAAGGAAUGGACUGGGAUGAAGAAGAUAUGCACGAUGCUGCCAAGUCCUUGUACAGUAACACCAGUGAAGAUGACGACGACGACGACUACGCUGCUGAUUAUGUGUUCGAUAACGAUUCCGAUGAUGCCGAUGAAGACAAUGAUUCUCGUAGCUUCUCUGCUAAUCGUCACCAGAAAAACUAUACUGUUAUGAAGGAAGAAGACAUACGCCAACGUCAGGAAGAUGAUAUUGCCAAAAUAUCCACAGUUCUUUCAAUACCAAGAGUUUCUGCAUGCAUGCUACUUCGCCACUAUAAAUGGAAUGUUAAUAAUGUACAUGAGGCAUGGUUUGCGGAUGAAGAUAGAGUUCGCAAGGCUGUUGGUCUAGUGGACGAACGAGCUGUUAAAUGUCAAAAUUACAGAGAACUGACAUGUGGAAUCUGUUUUGAAUCCUAUCCGACUCGUAAGAUGAAUGGUGCUGCUUGUGGCCAUCCUUAUUGUCGUACAUGUUGGGCAGCAUAUAUUAGCACAUCUAUCAAUGAUGGCCCGGGUUGUUUAACACUAAGGUGUCCAGACCCAUCUUGUGAUACUGCUGUGAGUCAGGAUAUGAUCAAUACAUUAGUGUCCGGUGAAGUUAAGGAGAGGUAUUAUCGUUACCUACUUCGUUCUUAUGUUGAGGAUAACAGAAAGUUCAAGUGGUGUCCUGCUCCAGGAUGUGAUUGUGCUGUUGAAUUUGAUGUUGGAAGUGGAAGCCAUGAUGUAUCAUGUCUUUGUUCAUAUAGCUUUUGUUGGAAUUGUACAGAGGAAGCUCAUCGUCCAGUGGACUGUGGGACUGUGGCCAAAUGGAUAUUAAAAAAUACAGCAGAAUCUGAAAAUAUGAAUUGGAUACUUGCUAAUUCGAAGCCCUGUCCCAAAUGUAAGAGACCAAUCGAAAAAAACCAAGGUUGCAUGCACAUGACCUGCACGCCACCGUGCAAAUUUGAGUUUUGCUGGCUGUGUCUUGGUGUCUGGUCUGAUCAUGGUGAGAGAACUGGUGGCUUUUAUGCAUGUAAUCGUUACGAAUCAGCCAAACAAGAGGGAGUGUAUGAUGAAUCUGAGAAGAGAAGGGAGAUGGCUAAGAACUCCUUAGAAAGAUAUACUCAUUAUUAUGAGCGGUGGGCAACCAACCAGUCGUCGAGGCAGAAAGCACUUGCAGAUUUACAUCAAAUGCAAACUGUGCAUCUUGAAAAACUUAGCGAGAAACAGAAGAUACCAGAGUCCCAAUUGAAGUUUGUGUUGGAAGCAUGGUCACAGAUUGUCGAAUGUAGGCGAGUUUUGAAAUGGACGUAUGCAUAUGGUUUCUACUUGCCAGAGCACGAGCUUGCCAAAAGGCAGUUUUUUGAGUAUUUGCAAGGUGAAGCUGAGGCUAAUUUAGAAAGGCUCCAUCAGUGUGCAGAGAAGGAAUUACAGAAUUAUCUCGGUGAUGGUGCAUGUGAAGAUUUUAGUGGUUUUCGCACAAAACUGGCUGGAUUGACUAGUGUCACACGAAAUUACUUUGAAAACUUGGUUAGAGCACUGGAGAAUGGCUUAUCAGAUGUUAGUUCCAUAGGAGCCUCUAGCAAGACAACAAGCUCAAAAUUUGUUGCAGGGAGUAGCAAAGCGAAAAGUGGGAGAGGAAAAGGUUCUUCUCGGACGGGAGGAUCAAGCAAAGGCACUGAGGAUUCAGGCAGCUGGGCUUGUGAUCAUUGCACUUAUUUAAAUGUUUCCAGGUCUGCAACGGUGUGUCAGAUGUGCAGCCAACGCAGAUGAUUGGUUCAAUAUGAUACUUCAGGUUUAAAGAUAUCUCUUCAACAAAAAUUUCAAUGGAGUAAAAGGGAAGGGUACAAGAAAGUUUGUCUGAUGGUCAGAUUAGCUUGUGCGAAGAAGAAUCAUAGUAAUCUGAUCUGUGGUCGCUGCUUGUUUUGGGAAAGGGUCAAUAAAGAAAAACAAGAAACAGGUGCAAGGCUUUUGUAUAUGAUGUAUUUGUCCUUUUUGUGUAUAACAUCUAUCUUUUCAUUUGUAAUUUAAGGGUCAUGUGAACUGUUGUGACUUUCUAUGCGCCUUAUGUUGUGCCGUUGAGGAUAAUUAUAUAUAAUGAAUGCAGUUCUAUGUACUGGCUUUA